AUGUAUCGUGCAUUGCCCUCUAGGCGUGUCGCGUCGUCGACUGCUCGUGGUCUUGUGGGGGCCACUCGCCGGCGGCUAGCGACGGAGGCCUCGCCCUCAACUCCGAAGAAGAAACGCGGUGUCGUUUCAAGGAUUUUCUGGUACACCGCGACGUUGACGGGCACAUUCUAUGUUGGCAGCACGUUCGUUUCCUUCAAGAACCAACAAUACUACGAUUUCUUUUCCGACCACGUUCCUCUCGGCCAACCCUUCCUGGAAUAUGCCGAAACACAUCAUUGGGACAAGCUCACGGUGCAAAAGGUCAUUGACACUGGGAGGGAGACAGCAACCUCGGCCCAGAGGUUUAUUGUGGAGAAGGUGGAGGGGAAACCGAGCGGAGGGGAGGAAAAGGUCAAGCAGUCUGUAGAGGCCACCAGACAAGCGGCGGAGAAGAAGGUUCACGUUACUUCCGAGAAGGUCAUCGACGUCGUGCAGAACCUCGAGAAAAAGGCGCAGGAUGCCAAGACGCGCGUGCACGAUGUAGCGGCGGAUCUGAAGACCUCUGUGAAAGCUGGCGAGGGGAAACUCUUCGACAAAGCUACAGCCAUUGCACAACAUCAAUCUCAGCAGGUGAAUGACGAGCUAUUGAACUUGAUUCGUCAAGCCGAGGCAGCGCUGUCUGGUAAGCCCAUCGACUCUUUGCCAGAGGCCACGACCACUCCCGAACAACCUGCCGGUUCCCCACCUGACUCAGUACCUCCGCGCCAUAACGAAGACGAAACCUCGAAUGAUAGAGACGUCUACACUGCUCCAUUACCCGUCGGUUUCGAACCUCCUCCAGGCUACAAACGCCCUGCUCCUCCCAAACCUCCACCAGCACCGAAAGCAGAGCCACCAGUUUUGCCUGCCCUUCCCCUCGUAGCUCCUGUAGUCUCAGAGCUCUCGGCAUCCGAACCCAUCAUUGUCCACCUCGCUACAACCAUUGACGACCUGGCUUCGUACCUCAAAUCAAAUCCUUCUGCUGCCUCCCAUGCAAAGGAUGUCCUUGAGUCGGCCAAGUCAGACCUAACGUCACUCGUUGAUCGCAUUGAGAAGGUGAAGGAGGAGGAGCGAGUCCAGCUUGAGCAAAAGAUGGACGAACAGACGCGGGAGUACUCCUUGAAGAUGAUGGAACUCGAAAUGGAGGCACAGGACAAAUUGGACGGUCAGGAAGAAACCUUCAGGAAGUUCUAUGAUGAGGAGCAGAUGAGAUUCGCCCAAAUAUACCGGGAGAAGCUCGAGCAGGAACUUGCCACACAGACGGAGAUUAUCAACGAACGUUUGAAGCAAGAGGUCAUUGCUCAGGGAAUCGAGCUUCAGCGACGAUGGAUCCGCGAAAUCAAAGUACGUGUGGAAGAAGAACGAGGCGGUCGCUUGGCGAAGCUUGAUGAACUCGCCGCGAAUCUCAAGCGCCUUGAACGCAUCGCUCUCGAUAACACCGCUCACCUAGACGACAACAUUCGGAUACAUGCCCUGUGGUCGGCAUUCCGUGCUCUAAACCACACUGUAGAUGGACCAGUGCGCAGGCCGUUCCGGGACGAACUUCGCGCGCUUCGUCAUGUUGCAGCCGCUCGUGAGGACCCCGUUGUUACCACCGUGCUCGAGAAGUUGGACGCUUCGGAUGUUCCAGAUGUUGGCGUUGAACCCCUUGCGGACCUCGCUUCAUGGUUCACAACAUCCGUCGCCCCGAAAGUAUCAAGCGUUGCGCUGGUACCCGACGAAAAUGCUGGCCUGCUUUCUCAUCUUGCUUCCCACUUUUUGUCGAGCUUCAGGUUCAAACGGCAAGGCCUCGUCGAAGGAGACGAUGUACUAAGCGUCUUGUCGAGAGCCGAAUACCAUUUGAACGAAAAGAACCUAGACGGCGCCGCGCGGGAGCUGAACCAACUUAAAGGGACAGCUAAAUUACUCCUACAAGAUUGGCUAGAGGCUGCUAGACGGCGACUAGAGGUACAGCAAGCUUUGGAGGUUGUUCAAGCUCAAGCUACACUGUCGUCAUUAUUGGUGGUAUAG